CGUUGUGGUUGUCGCAUGUCCGAUGUAUCUGCUCCGUGAGCCUUUUGGGUAGAGAAAAAAAAAUAACAGCGAAUGUGAAAAAUCUUAUCAUUUCCUCGAUCGGGGGUGCUUGUAUUCGCAAAUUUGCUGCCAUUGUGUCCUUCCGUGCUGUUAAAUAUAAUUCGAGUGCGAUGGUUUAACGUUGCGGGGAACGUUUUUGCUGCGAAAAUCGGGGGAACCCCACCGGAAGUCGCGUAGGCUUGGGGUUGAAAAAUCGGCUGCGUGUUUUUUUCUCUUCUGCUGAUCACACUUCUUUCGUCAUCAGCUUUUGGGCUUACAAGUUCGCUGCUGCCAGGGGAACUAAACAGCAGGCCUUGAAUGUUGUUUUUCCUCUCGUUAUUGAAGAAGUCGAAAAGGAGCCAUUAAAAACACGAUCGCGAUAGCCAGCGAAAUCUAUUGCGCCUUUUGUUGAUACCUGCAGAUUCGCAUAGCUUGCUUGAAAUAUUUUAGAAGUUGGUGGAGGCGCUCCAAAGGCAUCAAGAGGAGGUUUAAAUGUUUAUUAGAGUUGAAAAUAAACAAAUACACUGCCACUGUUUGUUGUGAACGAAAAACGUUUCUUUGUUCGUCGAUGUGGAAAAAGUGAAAGAACCCGUUUCAAGGGAAAAUAAAACGAAGGGGAAACUCUAGAACUGGUGGAACCUUGGGUUCCAAAACGUUGGAAAAAUAUUCUCUGGAUUAGAAAGCACACCUGAGAACUUCACAAAGAUGAUGCAAGAAACCGAAGACGACAGCAUUCUGAUAAUGGUGAACAAUGAGAAUGCAACACGUCGAUCGUCGGGAGGAUUGUCUCCGCAGCCGGAUGUCAUCUCGGAAACUAGCCCGGCCCAGUUCACCUCCUUGGACAUCUACAGCGAUGAUGAUUGCAACUACUCCGAUCGUAACAACUUCGGAACGAGUCUGCGUAAUGGGUAUGAAUUUGGGGGAGAGCAAGUCAGAAGUUUCCUGCUGAUGGAUGAAAAAGAAAACAUCCAGAUCAAGUCCUUUGAGAGAUUCUGUCAGAAGUUGAAGGUUUCUCAAGAGGCCAAAAUUAAGGUGGUAUCUAUUUUUGGAAACACAGGCGAUGGCAAAAGUCACACUUUGAAUCACGCUUUUUUCGGAGGCAAAGAGGUUUUCAAGACCUCUGCCGAGCAAACGUCAUGCACGAUGGGAAUUUGGGCCUCGUACCAUAGGCCGAAUAAUGUACUUUGCUUGGAUACCGAAGGACUUUUGGGAACCACUGAGAAUGAAUUCCGGCAACGACGGAUGCUGUUGAAAGUAUUGGCUAUUUCGGAUAUAAUUAUCUACCGGACAAGAUCGGAGCGUCUUCACUCGGACAUGUUUACAUUUCUAGGCACAGCUUCGAAGGCAUUUACCAAAUAUUUUUCCAAUGCUCUUCAAACGUUAGCUUUGAAUGACACUCCUCAAUCUCUAGGGCCGGCCGUUAUCAUAUUUCAUGAAACGCAAAACACAGACGUGUUGAAGGAAGAUGACGAUGGCAAAAAAGAAGAAGACAUUCUACGCGAAAGAUUUGCCAAUUUGAAGCAGGAAUUGUCCGCAUUUAGUUCGCUGCGUUACGUUGGAAUCCGUACUUCAAGACCCCCGACAAACUACGAACCACUGAAGAUGGCAUUGGAGAAGGAAAUCCGAAACACCACCGUAAGAUCCCCUCGGCAACCCAAAGUGGUCUACGAGGCGCUGCAUAUUUUAAACAAAAAAUACAACGGCGAACUUAGCCCGCUACCGAAUCAUACCUUUCCGGAGCAGUACUUUACGUGCACCACGUUCUGCAAGUCCUGCGGAUCACGCUGCCAGCUCUCGAUGGGCCAUUUGGAUUCGCGAGAGGAUCACCGACACAAUGGGUCCUGCACAUAUCAGCACCAGUACGAGAACAAAGUGUACCUGUGCAAGAAGUGCAAUAUCAACGGGCGCCAAGUCAUCGUCAACGUUACGACGCAAACGACUAACGAUUCGUCCUGGAUGGGGAUGACCAAGUACUUCUGGAGCGGCUCGGUCAUCGAGUGUCCCUACUGUGGCGAGAUCUAUCGGGCACGGCAGCACUGGUACGGCAACAAGUCACCGGAGCAGGAUGCGGUGAGCCCGCAAAUCGUUCACGUUUGGAACGAUGGCGGUUUACAGAUGCGGAAGCCCGCACACUCGGCCCAAAUGGUUCUGGACGGGGUAUCCUUCCUGACGGAUGCCGUUGCCACCAUCGCCGCUCAGCCGACCAAAUCGAUCAUGGCAUUGGUUACCGAUGCUAUACGACCCGAUUAUUGGCGUCCGGACAGCGAAAUCAUCCACUGCAAAGGUUGUACUCGCAACUUUGAGCGGCUGAAUCUAGGGAAACAUCACUGUCGCAGCUGUGGAGAUGGAUUUUGCAAUGCCUGUUCGAAGCACAAGAUGCCGGUCCCAAACCGGGGAUGGAAAGAUCCGGUACGGGUGUGUAACGAGUGUCGCGACCAACUGACCAGAGCACAAAGAGCGGACCGAGACCAUCACAACGGAGGAAUCGCGCCAGUUUUCCCUGAAACUGAACCAGAGAUUUUGACGUCUUCUACAGGCAACUCCGGUGAAACGGAAGCGAACGUUAUAGCACGAAGAUGCGGUGAAGUUGUCAUCAACACGCUGAGCAACAUUGGGGCAGUUCUCGAGUACCCUAAAGAAAUCAUUAAAGACACGGCUCGUCCCUCAUACUGGGUACCGGAUGCCGAGGCACCGACCUGUCACAUCUGCGAGAUGGUGUUCGGUUGUUCGGAGGAAAUCAACAACACUCCAUUGGUUCCGGCUGGACCAACAAUCAAUGGGAAAACCACCAACCGACAUGCUUCUUCGACAACGAUGUCCAACGGAAAGGACUCGCCGAAAAGCUCUCCAGCAAUGAACAACGGCACAAGAGGAGGUUCAAACAAAGGUGCUUCGGUUGGGAACUCGUCACCAACCCCGUCGACGUCUUCUGGUGCUGGUGCCAUCGAUCGACGAAGACAUCACUGCCGGGCCUGUGGCAAUGCGAUCUGUGCCACCUGUUCCAAACACCGUCGACCGGUUCCGGAGCGUGGCUGGUUGAGCGAUACGCGCGUCUGCAACCAGUGCUAUUUCACAAAGGAAGAAUAGAUCUAUUCCCGUUGUAGUAGCUGUUAAGAAGAUAAUACCGUGUUGAAUUUAAAGUGCGUCUAAAGAGCAGUGCUUUUUAACUUUCUAGUUUCGAUGCCACAGAGUACAGAGAAAACAAAAACGAUAAUAUAUAUUUAUGCUCUCCGUGUGUGACCGAGGGAGUGAGAAACCGGGAUGAUUGUGAUAGUUGAUUUAAAAUUGGUAUUGUUUAACGUAUUUUUUUUUUCUAGUUUCGAAGCACAAUACAAAAGUGAGCCAAAACGUGCGCUUUCUUUGGAUUGAACCAUACAAUUGAUUUUGUUGUACGAGAACGAAAUUUGAACUGAUUGACGACUGACAUGUGAGAUUCCUAUAUUCAAAAUUUGACAAAUUGAGAAAAAAAAGGCACAGAAAUAAACAUAAUGAGUACAUACGUAUUAACAAAACAAACAAAAAACAACACAUACAACUUUAGGAUUUAGUAGCAAAAAUAAUACUUUAGCUAUAACCAUUAGCCCUAUCUAUCGCCAGAUAUUGUUGAUUCUAGUUUAUUUGAUUCUAGCAAUAAAACGAUUUCCAUAUUUUUUUA